AUGUCUCUCAUUGAUCAAUUAUGUCAAAAUAUACUAGAAUUCAGAGGCACAAUGAUUGAGGCUCAGGACUUGGUGAAAGCAUUUUUGGCAGAUAUUAUGAUCAAAAUAUUUGGAGUAGAAUAGAGACUACAACAGCAAGUCUUUAGAAAUUGCAAUAAGAGUUGGAAAGUCGUCGAAUAAAACUUACUCAGCUAUUUCUAAAGUAAAUUGUCUUAGCUAAUCUCAAGAUUCUCCCAUCCCAAUUUAAACUCUUUUUAACGAAAACAAAUAUAAAAAUGAAGGUUUCAUAAGCAGUGACGACGAGGAAACCAUUAAGCAUAGCAAAAGAGUAGUUGUCAAGAGAACCAAAUCAAUAAUAAGAGAAGCACAAUAAAAUGAUAAUUUCAAAGACGAGUAAAUUCGAAUAAGAGAUUAGGUUAUCCAAGAUAUAACUAUCGGGUAUUAUAAAGAUAUUUAGCAUCUUAAAGAAAUGUUCCUAAGGAAGGAACGCCAAUAAGAUGAUGAUAUUAUAGAUGCCACAUACUAUGACAUUACUAAGUCAUUUCCAGCCGAAGUACAAGUCUACUUGUAAUCUAAAUUGAAAGAAAUGUCACAACAAGCAAGAUCACAGCAAACUAAAUUGCAAACCUAAAUUAAUUAACAACAGACUGAAAUUGAGAAACUCAAAAAAACCAUUUCUUAAUUAGUUUCAUAGGCUGACAUUGUUUAACAAAUUAAAGCUAUUCUAAUAAUAGAUAGAGAUCUGAAUCGGUUCUGGAGGGGAAUAUAAGAUGUGAUUGGUAAUAAAUAAAUAUUUGAAAUUUUUGAAAAGAGGCAGGCUGGCUAUGGAAUCGAUUACAAACAAAUAGACGAAUUAAUAAACCAAUCUUAAGCAUCUUAUCGAGUGUUUUCAGAUUAUAAAAAUAAGAUUGAUGGUAACAAAGGUUAUUAUUUAAAAUAGAAUAAUACCUGUUAUUUACAGCUUAAGUAGAUAAGGAAUUGUAAUUGCUACGAAGUCAAGUUAAAAUAUUAACUGAUAAAUAGAAUGGAUAAGAAGCAGAAAAACAAAAGGAUUUUGUUUAAAUUAGACAAACUCUGAAGUCUGGUAUAGAAUAUAUUUAUGAAAUGAAAGAAGAAGCUAGUAUUUAACUUAUUUAAUAUCCAUAGUAAAAGCCAAUUUUGUCUAAAAAUUAGAGCAAUAUGCUGAAUCCAUUUUGCAAAAAGAUACGCUAUCCUAAGUUAAAAGAUGCAUUAAGGGUCACGCUCUUUAUAAAUGGAUGUAUUUAGCCAGAUGUGAGAAAAUGUAAAAACAUAAAGUUCUCAGAAAAUCUUAAUCUGGAUCUAUUAAUAUUUUUGAUGUUUCUUGUAAUCCAAGAGGAUUGCUAGAUAAAAGAACUGAUGAUAUCAAAAAGUAAAUAUAAUUAUUGGAGUGUAAUCUCUCUGAGGAAUAAUUACAAUCUCAACAAUUGAAUGUUGAAUUAAAUUAGAUGAAGGCCAAACAUUAAUCUAUCUUAAUGAAUUAUGAGAUGUAACUUCAUAAGUAUCUGUAUCUGGAAUAGCGCACACUUUAUUUAGAAAAUCAAAAUAAAUAUUUUGAAAGAAUAUUCUCCCUUUUAAUGAGAAGAAUGGGAUAUCCUUAAUUUGAAGUCAAUGAAAGAAAUAUCCAUAUUAUAUUAGAAAAGGCUGAUUCUCAAAUAAAAUAGUUUUAGAAUAAAAUUAAUCAGAUUCAAAACAAAGACAUUGAGGAUAUCCAUGAAUUGACUUCCUAACUUAUAAAAAAAACAAUCAUCAGAAAUAAAUUUAAUUAAUAUAAUAAAUCUACAUCAUAUUGUCAGACUGAUAUAUUUGAUGUUUCUAUGAAAAUUGAAGAUUGUAUAAAAAUGAUUGAAUAAAAUCAAUUUAAAUUACUCUAAAUGCAAGAGUAAUUAAGGUUAUAGGCGGAAUAAGAAUACUAAAAAGAAUAAGAAUAGUUACAAUAGAAUAAUGAUGACAUACCGAAUAUCCUAUUAUCCGAUAAUGAAGAAGAACCAAAAGAGCAGAAACUUGCGAACAAGAUUAGUCAGGAAAGAUCAACUGAAAUGGAUCCUAAUUACAUGAACUAAUCUGAUUUUGACACCAAAAUGUUAAAUCCUCCUAAAACUGCAGACAAUAAAUAAAGAGGUUAAUAACAAUUUACAUUUAUAUCCAAAAAGAAAACCAUUAGUCUAUCAACGAAGAAUAAAGAAAUUUAAACAGAGAUUUAAGUUGAUUGCAGAGCCAAUUUAGUUAAUAAAAUAUUCAUUAAUGAGUAAAUAUAUGCAAUUUAUCUUUAGUUUAGAUGAAUUUAAAAAGAAUGUUAAAGAAAAGCCCAUGUUUAAAGAAAUGAAAAAGGCACCGUAAUAAUCAAGACCUGAGUUACAGAAUACAUUUGCAACUUUAAUAUCUUAACAUAAUGUCAAUAAGAAUAGAAAAUAGAAUAAUAUAUUUUUAAACUCAAUUAAUCAUAAACCAAUACAAAUAAAUUGCUAACACAAAUUAAAAACCGAACCAUCAGGUCUUGAAAUUGACUAGAAUGUAACCUUUACUAAUGAUAGAAUCAAAGUUGUUUAUACACCCAGCAAAAAGAAAGUAAGAAGUGUUAGUAAAAAUGUUUGA